CAGAGUGAAAAGCUAGCUAGAUAGUGAGUUAAGCUUGGAAGCCUUGAGAAGAGUUAGACAAUGGCUUCUUCUUCAGUCACAUAUUUCUCUUGGAAAAACACCCUCAUUGCCAUCACCACCAUCUUCAUCCUCUCCUCUUCUUCUUGUUCUGCCUCUCCUGCCACAACCAAAGUAAACCCAAGACCAAGCCCCUUCAAGAAAAUCUAUGCCUUUGGUGAUUCAUUCACAGACACAGGCAACACAAAAUCUGCCACAGGCCCUAGUGGUUUUGGCCAUGUCUCAAACCCUCCAUAUGGCACCACUUUCUUUCACCGCCCUACCAACCGCUACUCCGACGGGCGGUUAGUGAUCGAUUUCAUUGCUGAGUCACUGUCCUUGCCUUACUUGAAACCUUACCGUUCCAUAUUGAGCAAUGCUACAGAUGUUGCUCAUGGGGUUAACUUUGCUGUUGCUGGCUCUACAGCUAUAGAGCACCAGUUUUUUGUCAAGAACAACCUGAGCCUUGCAAUCACUCCUCAGUCUAUCCAAACCCAGCUCCUCUGGUUUAACAAGUUCUUGGAAAGCCAGGGCUGCAAAGUGGCUGGAGCAGCAUGCAAAGCAGCAGCUUUUGAUGAUGCACUUUUCUGGGUUGGUGAAAUUGGGGUCAAUGACUAUGCUUAUACCAUUGGAUCUGGUAUACCAAGUGAUACCAUUCAACAGCUUGGGAUCAGUAGAGUUACUAGUUUUCUGCAGGCAUUGUUAAAGAAGGGUGCAAAGUAUGUUGUUGUGCAAGGCCUGCCACUCUCAGGGUGCUUGCCAUUGGCCAUGACCUUAGCUCCCGAAGACGAUAGAGACAGUCUAGGAUGUGUGAAGAGUGCAAACAACCAAACCUAUAGCCAUAACCGUGUCCUCCAAGCCAAGUUGCAACAACUCAGGACACAGUUUCCCCAUGCUGUCAUCACCUAUGCUGAUUACUGGAAUGCCUAUUUCACAAUCAUGAAGAAUCCAAACCAGUAUGGUUUCAAGGAGAGCUUCAAGGCCUGCUGUGGGACAGGUGACCCCUACAACUUCGAGGUGUUUGCCGUGUGUGGCACACCGUCUGCUAGUGCCUGUCCAAGCCCUUCCCAGUACAUAAACUGGGAUGGAGUUCAUCUCACUGAAGCCAUGUACAAGGUGCUUUCUGAUAUGUUCCUCAAUGGCAAGGCCACUCACCCUCCCUUCAGUUACUUGUUGGAUAUGAAACUGCGUCAUGGAUGAACUGCUUGCCUUUGGAUCAGCUUAAUGUUUUAGUACUUUGCUGUGUUGCUUGUGAUCAGAGUAUAUUGUAGUUAUGAAGCAAAAGAAAAAAAAAAUCGGAUGGUAUAAUCGGUGGUAGAGUUACUACUGCUUGAGAACACUUCUCAGACUUUCAUAAUUUAGAAAAUCUUCUAAAAAUUUUACUUGUUGAACUAUUGAUCGAAUCUUACUUGUUUCUAAA